AUGGCUUCUCCAAGGCCCCAUGCAGUUGUCAUUCCAUUCCCAGCCCAAGGCCACGUAACUCCCCUGCUUCAUCUCGCCAAGGUCCUUCAUUCUAGAGGUUUUCACAUCACCUAUAUCAAUACCAUAUACAACCAUCAACGCUUGUUAAGGUCUCGAGGCGCAGAUUCUUUGAAUGGUUCGAGAGAUUUCCAUUUCGAGGCCAUUCCAGAUGGUUUGCCUCCACCCGAAAAUGAUGACGUGACGCAGAACAUCCCAGAACUUUGUAUCUCAACCAGGGAGAAUUGCUUGGCUCCAUUUCGAGACCUUGUGAUGAAGAUUAGUAUGUCUAUGGAUGCACCUCCCAUUAGUUGUUUCAUAGCUGAUGGAGUCAUGAGCUUUACACUAGAGGUUGCAAAGGAGAUGGGUAUUCCGGAGCUUCUCUUCUGGACCACAAGUGCUUGUGGCCUCAUGGGCUACCUCCACUUCUUCGAGCUUGUUGAAAGAGGCUGCACGCCUCUCAAAGGUACCUGCUCACCUCUGUGCUGA